AUGCAGUACCGACUAGUCUCUAUGCUCGCCGCAGGCGUAUUGGUGGCCAUGAGCAGCGCCGCGCCUGUCCCAUCAGCCGACAACCUAUCCAUCACCAACCCCCCAAACACGAUUGAGCUCGGCAAGCCCUCAUCAGAAAUCUCCUGGGGCAGGAGCGUCGCCACCGAAGUCACCAACCCAGACAUCGUCGACAUUUCGCCCCCCACGUCCGAAAUCAUCUGGAGCAAGGACAAGAAAGCCCGUACCGACGAGCCGCCCGCCCGCAGCGUCGAGUUUGAAAAGCCAAAGGAUAGCUUCAACUUGGGUAACGCCAACACGGUCGUUACCUGGGGCAAGCGCGAGUCCACAACCACUGUUGGUACGCCCGAGGAUACGAUUGAGCUGGGUAAGCCUAGUACGGAGAUCACGUGGAGCAAGGAGAAGCGUGAUGAGCUUGUUACACCGGAUGAUAGCAUCAGUCUUGGUAAGCCAUCGACGGUUGUGACGUGGUCUUAA